AUGUUCCAACUGUCGCAUUACACAGCGUCCCUGCAGCUCCAACGUGAAAAGAAGAUUGACCUGAUCGAGGAACGUCUUUCCAAUAUCGAAGAGUUGCUGCGGAGUCUCGCAAACAAUCCUCAGAGCAUUGGUAGCUCUUCAUGGGACGCCAGCAGGGUCAGGCACGUAACGCCUUCGGCAUCGACUGUUGGAGAUGUCUCCAUUUUGACCCAAGACGGCGCAGACUCGGAUUCCGCCUUCGAGGGCGACCUCUCACUCACCGCCCAUACCAUGUUUGCCAGCGAGUUCAUCGAAAACGCUGUGCAGAGAACUUCGCUCGAAGACGUCCCGCCCAACAUGCACGCAGCACUCUCCUCCCUACGUCAGAUUGUCGCUAUGCAAUCCAAGACCUCCUCCACUCGAGAGUUCCGCUUUCGUACCCAACAGCCACUACCGCCGGGAGGCUUGACUGAGCUGCCUAUGCCGCCUAUGAAUGCUGUUGUCGCCCUGCUCAAGCACAUGAAAGACGUUGAUGAUUUAGCCGAGCUCUGCCGAAGGGUCUAUUUCUGUACUGACAACUUUGCGGACACAACGUUCAUCAUUGUGAACGGCGCGCUCUUCUACCUCUUCAUGGAACAGGCAUACCUUGCGCCCGACGCGACUGCUCGAGAAGAGUUUGAAAGGUAUCAGCACAUGUGCCAAAGCAACCUGGAAACGGCCCUAGCCUGCUUGCCCCUCAUGCUGCCCGCUAAAAUUGAGAGCAUUGAGGCUUUACUCUUGGCCGUAUGUGGCGUGCUGCUUAUUACAAUUCUGCUCCUCAGCGCUAACGAGACAUCAGGCCGUGUAUUCUGUAGACGUAUCGAAAGCAUCCCUCGCAUGGCUCUUCACCUCCACUGCUGCUAA